AAGAUUUGGAAAUAUUAAUGAGCUGGUGAUUGUACUGAUGGAUCCCCACUAUACUAUUGAAGACUUCAAAGUGGCCCACCCUCAGGACCCUCAUCACCCAUCAGAGAAGCCUGUCAUCCAGUGCUACAAGUGUGGAGAGCCAUGCAAGGGUGAAGUGCUCCGGGUUCAAGCCAGGCAUUUCCACAUCAAAUGCUUCACCUGCAAAGUAUGUGGCUGUGACCUGGCUCAAGGAGGCUUCUUCAUAAAGAACGGAGAAUACCUCUGCACACUGGAUUACCAGCGAAUGUAUGGAACGCGCUGUAAUGGCUGUGGGGAAUUCGUGGAGGGAGAGGUGGUGACAGCUCUCGGGAAGACCUACCACCCUAACUGCUUUGCCUGUACCAUCUGCAAACGCCCGUUUCCACCUGGCGACCGAGUUACCUUCAAUGGAAGGGACUGUCUUUGUCAACUCUGUGCUCAGCCAAUGUCUUCCAGCCAUCAAGAGGUCUCAAGCUCCAGCAAUUGUGCUGGCUGUGGCAGAGACAUAAAGAAUGGGCAGGCACUGCUGGCUCUGGAUAAGCAAUGGCACCUGGGGUGUUUUAAGUGCAAAUCCUGCGGGAAAGUCCUCACCGGGGAAUACAUCAGCAAGGAUGGAGCUCCUUACUGUGAAAAGGACUAUCAGGGGCUCUUUGGUGUCAAAUGUGAAGCUUGUCACCAGUUCAUCACAGGGAAAGUUUUAGAGGCCGGUGAUAAACACUACCAUCCAAGCUGUGCGCGAUGCAGCAGGUGCAACCAAAUGUUCACAGAAGGAGAGGAAAUGUAUCUUCAAGGUUCCACCGUUUGGCAUCCAGACUGUAAGCAGUCCACUAAGACAGAAGAAAAACUCCGGCCAACCAGGACAUCUUCUGAAAGUAUUUAUUCCAGACCAGGGUCAAGCAUCCCUGGAUCUCCAGGUCAUACCAUCUAUGCAAAAGUCGACAAUGAGAUCCUAGAUUACAAGGAUUUAGCAGCCAUUCCCAAGGUCAAGGCAAUUUAUGAUAUUGAACGUCCAGAUCUUAUUACCUAUGAGCCAUUCUACUCUUCAGGCUAUGAGGACAAACAGGAGAGACAGAGCCUUGGAGAGUCUCCAAGGACUCUGUCUCCCACGCCAUCUGCAGAAGGAUACCAGGAUGUUCGGGAUCGAAUGAUCCAUCGAUCAACUAGUCAGGGCUCCAUUAACUCCCCUGUCUACAGCCGUCAUAGUUACACGCCAACAAUGUCACGUUCUCCACAGCAUUUCCACCGACCUGAUCAAGGGAUCAACAUAUACCGAAAACCACCCAUCUACAAACAACAUGAUCCAGCUGCCUUGGCAGCACAGAGCAAGUCUUCAGACGAUAUCAUCAAGUCCUCCAAGUUCCCAGCAGCCCAUGCUCCAGACCCCAACGAGAUACCAAAGAUUGAGAUGGACCACUGGCCCGGUCCCCCCUCACUUGCUGCCGUAGGAACAGAUAUGAGGCGCAGAUCAAGUGGUCGUGAGGAAGAUGAGGAGGAGCUUCAGAGACGCCGCCAGCUUCAAGAAGAGCAGCUAUUGAAGCUCAACUCAGGUCUGGGGCAAUUGAUACUGAAGGAAGAGAUGGAAAAGGAGACCCGGGAAAGGACUUCCCUUCCAGCCAGUCGCUAUGAUUCACCACUUAACACAUCUCCACAUGCUUCAUCUAAAACCUCCUCCCUCCCUGGUUAUGGAAGAAAUGGUCUUCACCGGCCAGUUUCUACAGAUUUUGCCCAAUAUAAUAGCUAUGGUGAUGUCAGUGGUGGGGUUCGAGAUUUCCAGACCCUCCCUGAUGGUCAUGUACCUGGAAUGAGAAUGGACAGAGGAGUGUCCAUGCCUAACAUGUUGGAGCCAAAGAUUUUCCCAUAUGAAAUGCUCAUGGUGACCAACAGAGGGCGGAACAAAAUACUCAGAGAUGUAGACAGAACCAGGCUUGAGCGCCAUCUGGCACCUGAAGUGUUUCGAGAAAUAUUUGGAAUGUCAAUACAGGAGUUUGACAAGUUACCUCUAUGGAGACGCAACGACAUGAAGAAAAAAGCAAAACUCUUCUAAGACACAUCUGCCCACCAAUUUGAAAAGUUAAUGAGGAUGCUGCAUAGGGUGUAGUAUUAUACAAUGGCCACAUUGAUCGGAGAACUUAUAAACUACUUCGCCACAGCAACAACAAAAAGGGAAAAAUCUGAUUGAGGCACCCGUGAUCUAAGCAUUGGCCCACCAACAGCAACACUUGCCAAGAAGCAAUGGGGUGGAACUUUAUAGGUUCCAAAACUUGACAGUAGUUUUCAUGUGUGACCUUUUUACUUUAUCUUCUGUACAUGAUUUGAGCCACUUUCUUAUUUUGUUUCCCUCUAACUGUUGUCCAAAAAUAUGACAGACUGUAUUGGUCAAGCCAGGAAGUGCCCUUAAGAUGCUGAGUGGGGGGAAAAAGGUAGUUAUAAUAACUCCAAAAAAUGAUUAUCUGUAUUACAGUACUGUGGUUAAGAAGAAAAAAGACCUGUGUAAUGUAUCCAUAUGAUAACAUUAUUCAUAUUGCACAAAUGUUUCUUAAUUGGCCUCAUUUAAAACUGCCCAUUCUAUAGCUGUAGUAGAAAUCAAAGAGGCAGGCACCUGAGUAAACUACUCCAUUGGGCUGCUUACCAGUGGAAUGAUUUUAAAUGUGUUCCUCACUCUCUGCUGCACACAUUUGCUAGGAAGUGGUUGGUGAAUUUCUGUGCGUUUGUAAACAGUAUUUCUCUCUCCUCACUUUUUUUUUUUUGCUUCAGAUUACUUAGCUUAAGCUUAACCUACCCAGCAAAGGCAAGUAGCAAACCUGAACCCAGCUUGCAACAAGAGAGGAGGGAAAGCUCUCCUGAAGAUUGGCCUGGGUUACGUGCUCUGUGGGGACCCGUGCCACCAAGUUUCCCCAGGAAGCACACCAAGUUAUAGAAAAUAACACUUCAUGUUGUUCUGCCAAUGCAAAUGUGCUAGCCUGGCAUCUUCCAUAUAGUAUGUGACACAUUACACAUCCUAUCAAGCUGAAGGUCAUUUCAACCAUAGGUUAAGGAAGGAUGUAUUUUCUCUCUUUCAUCUUUGCAUUUGGGAAGCAGAGAAUUUUGAAUUUACUCAAAUUGAAGAUGAGAAAGAGGAAGUUGGCUUUCUUUUGUGCCUCAUGCUGUUGACCUCAUGGUUCUAGGAGAAAAAUUACUGAACAUAAUUUUUGAAUCAUGUGCUUCAAAAAAAAUUCAUUACUGCAUGAAUGCUCUAGUUUUUGAAGGAUAUGUAAUGAAAUAUACAGGGGGUGAGUCAUUUCUGUGGAAGGAUGAAUUUAUUCUACUCCAUUCUUCUGUCCCCUGGUGAAAAAUGAGAUGGGAUUUAAAGCCUUUUUAACUUUCUGUUGGCACAUUAAGCCACUGUAUAAUGAUGCACUGAUAUAAUUACCCAUCUCUUACUUUGAGUGACGCCCAAAUUCUGGCUACAGAGCAAAGAAUUAAGAUAACUUUGUAACUUGACAGAUCAAACCAUUCCCCCUUGAUGUUCAAAGUCUUGUUAACAGGAAAUAUGUAUGUAUGUACGUUUACUGAAAUGGGAAUCCAGGAAUCCCCUUGAAACUUAAAUAGAAUUCAGUCAGACUAGCUGAUGAUCUUAGAUCACCUCAUACUGAACAAGAGCCAUUCAGAUUCAGUUCAUUGCCACUGGGCUCCACUGAAACCACUGGUGCAGGAAUCAAAACAUAAUUUUGAAGGUCCCUAUAGAAGCUAAAGGAGAAAGUGUUUGAGUUGAUCAGCAGGAGUGCUGUUUUUGGCAAGAGUUUAGAGAUUCUACUCUACACCAUUGUUGGGAAUAAUAUUAGUUAUCUGUCAUGCAGCCUAUGGUGGAAACAAAUAGAUAUGUUUUCCAAAUGGGCACUGUUUGUAAGGCUACAAGGGGAAAUACUAUGUGGGUACAACACACUUAAAUGUACUAGGUGCUACAGUAGGAAGUAGAAUCCAUGUAUAGUGGUCUUUUUAUUUACUAAUCUAGUUGAAGCCAUCUAAUUGUAUUGUACCUUCAGAACCAUGGAGUGAAUGUUCAAGGACUGUUCUUGCAUAUAUGUGUCUAUAUAUGUAUGUAUGUAUAUCUUAGCUCUACUAAAUCACUUAACAAACUGCUCCUGUGCUAGUCAUACUGGGUUAUUUUUUUUUAAAUGAAAACUUCUGCCUUCAUUGUUGUCCCUUGAAGUAUUCAAUGCUUCAUUACCUACUGUGGUGAGAGUGUGUAUUGCUAUUCUGUCUCUGUCUCUGAACUCUCCUAUGCCUGCAACCCUUGCCAAAAUCUUUUUUUUUUAUAUUUUUCUGUCUUGUGAUCUUCUCAGGCAAAGCAAUCUAUCCAGUGUUUUGUGCCCUUUCAUAGUUCUACUAGGUUUGUUUUAAUAGGAGGGAUGUAUUCCCAAAGUUUAGCCAGCAAAAUAAAUGAGAAAACCUACUUGGGUAAAAUUCUAAUCCUUUGUCUCUCAAAUUGUUUUUCAUCUAAUAGAAAAAAAUAGUGGCUUUCAAUAACUUUAUAAUCUCAUCAAUUAUAACCCAAAAAUGUACUUGCAAAUCAGAUUAUUAUGCAUUUAAAAAAAAGAAAAAUUAGGGUACCUUUAAACUGUAGGCAUAGUUAAGUAAUUUGACCAAAAAUCUCAUUCUUUGGGCCAACGUAGGUAAGAUGUCAUAGAAUAACAGAACGUGAGAGCUGGAAAGGACCUUAGAUAACAUCUAAUCUAGGCUUUUUAUUGUAUAGGCUAGAAAUUAAGAUCCCUGAAAGAUUACAUGGCUUGUCCAAUAUCACACAAUUUUUAGUGAAAGAACUAAGACAAGAACCCAAGUCCCCACAGACCUUGUGUUCUUCCUUCUGGAUGAUAUUGCCAUUGUAUGGUGUUUUAUCUUAGGCAGAUCCUACAUCUGGACCUAAAAAGUCAUUUUGCAUCUCAUUCAUUUGCUACUGAUAAUGUUGAUUACAGCAGGACACCCCCCCACACACACAACAUUUGAGCGCACACACACACACACACACAUCCCAGAACUACCUGCCAAAGAACUCAAUAGCCUUCUGUCUAUAGGCAAGGUUGCCCUUUGACCUAGAGAAUGAAAGACUUAGAAACCUAAACCCUCAUGAUAAUAAAAUGCAUAUUAAGCUAGGGAUCUAGUAAGAUUACUAUAGGAUGGGGAAUGGGGCCAGUCUAGUUUAUGUAACUGCCAGAUCAUACAUGUGGACUUGUCAGUUUCAUUAAAAAUCAGCCUAGCAUGCACACCUUCAAGACACCUAGGCCACACUAUAGAAUGCAGCUGGGCCCUGUUAAAAGCAAACCCUGUAUUGUCUAUGACACUAUUUAUAUAAUAUGUAAAUUAGGGGCAAAUAUUCAUUUUACAAAAAAAAAGGUUUGACAUUUGAUGCAUUUAAUUGUCAACUUUCCUUGAUUCAUUUUCAAAAUAUUCUUAGAUUUAUGACCAUCUGACCAACACACAACUUUUCAGGAAUGCAUCUAUUAUGCAAAGUGAAGUGUACUUUAGAAGUGAAUCACUAACUAAAUUGUAUGGUUCAAACAAACUCAAGAAGGUUCAAAGUGAGACUUAGUCUUCCUUACCAAUGGUGUCCUUUAAAACAGAUUAUAUUGAUUUGAAGAGUACUGGAAGAUUGCAGCAAUAUAUUUGUUUGUUUGUUUUUUUCGCUUGGGAUUAGUUGUGAAGUGCUCUUAAUAUUUUUUCUGCAAUGAGCUCUGUUUAAUCACCUCUUCCUCAAAGCAUCAAAGGAACAGCGAAAUUGGCAAGUUAAUAAGGGGUAAGAAGUAAUUCUGUGUCCUUGAUGCUCCCUGGUCACCUUCACUCAGAAGACUAUAUGCUUCAAGUUGGUUUUCUUCUGAUACAGAAGUUGUGGCCAUUCUCUUGUGACUGCUCUCACCCCUUAGGCUGGUAAGGUAGGUUAUCUUUACUAGCAAUUUAUGGCAGAUUGGCGGGUAAUGUUUAUAAAACCUUAAUCCUAUUUUGUGACACUUUGAAGCAAAUACUUUUUCUAAAGAAUUGCUUCUCUUGGAUACAGUUAAGCUUUUGCAAGUUUGAAAAAUUCAAGUCACUUUUGAUUAGAUAAAUCUUUCUAAAACCUGUUUGAGACAACACCUUAGCAUCAUUUAAAAUAGGAGAAUGGUAGGCAACUCUUUCAGGCUGUAUGCUUUUGUACACAUUUUCCUUAUCAUCAAGAAGAAUGCUGAAAGGAAAAUGAGUUUCAUGUCACCAACCUAUCUGUGCCCUUUGUGGGAAAUACAUCUGGAGGAAAUCCAGUUUUUACAGAUUACGUACUUUUUCUCAUCAGUGCUUGUUUACUCUGUACUCGAUUGCUUUUCCUGUGUAUUUGAUGCCUGGAUAUUGCCUUUGCUCUGUUUCUUCCCAUACGUUAUUAAAAAAAAAAACCCACAAAGUAGUUCUAUCUGUGAAAAUGGACAUUUAAUUUUAAA